AUGUCAACUGAAGAAGAUAAAAGUGUUCAUGUUGAGACAGUCAAGUCUGAAGAACCAGUUAGUACUAAAAGUACACCAUCAGAAGAUGGUUUAGAUCAUAAGACAUUAUUUGUUCGUUCAAUUCCAUUUGAAGCAACAUCAGAAGAAUUAUCAGAAUUUUUCUCCCAAUUUGUCCCUGUUAAACAUGCAGUUAUAGUUACAGAUAAUGAAAAAAAGAGUAGAGGAUUUGGUUUUGUUUCAUUUACAUUGGAUGAUGAUUGUUUAACUGCUUUAGUUGAAAGUAGGAAAACUAAAUUUAAAGGACGUUUAUUACGAGUAGAUGUUGCUAAAAGAAGAGAUAGAAAAGAUCAAUCAACACAAGAAGGAAGAAAUAAAUCUAAUGAUAAUUCAAAAAUUACUCCUAUUGAAAAAAGAAGAGCAAGAUUAAUUAUUAGAAAUUUACCAUGGUCUUGUAAGAAACCAGAUCAAUUGAAGAAAAUUUUCAAUAAAUAUGGUGCUGUUUUUGAUGCUUAUAUUCCAAAGAAAAAAGGUGGUCAAAUGUGUGGGUUUGCAUUUGUUAUCAUGAAGAAGAAAUCUGCUGCAGAAAAAGCCGUUAAAGAAUGUCAAGGUUUAAAAAUUGAUGGUAGAGAAGUUGCUGUUGAUUUUGCGGUUGAAAAAUCUAAAUGGGAACAAUUGAAAGACGAAGAAGAUGAUCAAGAUGAAGAAGAGGAAGAAUCUGAAGAAGCCAAAGAAGAUGAAAAAGAAGAUGAUGAGCAAGAAAUAAAAGACGAUAAGGAAUCUGAUGAUGAAGAAGAAGAUGAAGAGAAUGAUGAUGAUGAAAAUGAAGAUUUUGAUAAAUUGAACGAAAUAAAUUCCGAUGAUGAACCUGAUAGUUCUGAUGAUAUUGAAAUUGACAUUGAAGAAGAAGAAGAGGAGGAGGAAGAACGUAAGCCUAGAAAGAAAUUAAAUAAACAAGAAGCUUAUUCUGUGUUUGUUAGAAAUAUUCCAUACGAUGCUGAUGCUGAAUCUUUGAAAGAACAUUUCAGUACUUUUGGUCCAGUUAAAUAUGCCUUACCUGUUGUCGACAAGGAAACUGGAUUGUCUAAAGGUUCUGCUUUUGUUGCAUUUGCCAAAGAAUCUGCUUAUCUUGAUUGUCUUGAUAAUGCACCAAGUGUUGCUUCUACAUCUAUGUUGAUUGCUGAUGAUGUUUCUCCAUCAUAUGUAUACCAAGGUAGAAUUUUAUCAAUUGCUUCUGCUGUUGACAGAGAAUCCGCCAAUAAAUUAGCUGAAAGAAAUUCAUUGAAAAGAAAAGAAGCUUUGGGUAAAGCACCAGGUGAAAAGGAUAAACGUAAUUUGUUCUUGUUGAACGAAGGUAGAAUUACUGAAAAUUCCAAAUUGGCACAAUUUAUCUCGAAAACUGAUUUAGAAUUGAGAGAAAAAUCUUACAAAUUGAGAGUUCAACAACUAAACAAGAAUCCAACUUUACAUUUAUCAUUAACUAGAUUAGCUAUCAGAAACUUACCAAGAGCAAUGAAUGCCAAAGCUUUGAAAGCAUUAGGUAGAAAAGCUGUUGUCCAAUUUGCUACUGAAGUUAAAGAAGAAAAAAGACAACCAUUAUCUAAAGAAGAAGUUAAUAGAUCUGUUAAAUUCAAGCAUUCCUUUGGUGAUAAAGAAGGAGAAGAAGAACCUGUCAAAUCUAAAAAUUCAAAACAUAAAGGUGUUGUGAAACAAGCCAAAGUUAUCAUGGAAGUUAAAGGUUCAGGUGAAACUGGACGUAGUAGAGGUUAUGGUUUCAUUGAAUUCCGAGAUCAUAAAGCUGCAUUGAUGGGUUUAAGAUGGUUGAAUGCUCAUGAAGUAUCUAUUCCAGAAAUUUUAGAAGGUUUAAGUGAUGAACAAAAGAAGAUGGCUGAAUUGGAAGGAUUAAGUAAAAGAAGAUUAAUUGUUGAAUUUGCCAUUGAAAAUGCUCAAGUUGUUAAAAGAAGAAGAGAAAAGGAAAUGAUUGCUCGUAAUAUAAACAAAGAUGGUGGUAAAAAGAGAAAGAGAGAAGACAGUGAUGAAGAUGAUGAUAACCAAAAAAACAAUAAAGAUUCAAAAUUUGAUUCAAAGAGACAAAAGAAAGGUAGAAAAGGUUCUCAAAAGAAAGGUAAUAUGAACAAGGGUAACAUGAACAAAGGUGGUAAAUCCAAUGAUAAUGCUGCUAAAAGUGAGCCAAAGAAGAAAUCUGGACUUUCUGAUGAUGUGAAAAAGAUCAUUGGUAUAAAGAGAAUGAGAAGAAAGUCAAAGAAGUAG